AUGUACAUCACACUCUACUACAUAGUCACCCAGCUCCCUGACUCCCUUCCCCUAGUCAGGGACCACUUCCUCUCAGUUUGCCCCACCACACUCACCGUUGACCUCCUCGAGGAGCGCCUCCUAGCAGCAGAUAAGAGCAUAGUCGCUGUAGGAGCCUCUCGUGGUGACCCUCGCACCCCAAUCUUUGAGGGUCGGUCGGCGCUGCGUCUGCCCCUAGCGGGUGACGCCGCAUUGGCAAGGGCAAGGGGGGCAAGGGCGCUGGAGGGGCUGGCAGGGGGGGUGGAGGUGGUGGUGGAGGCAGUGGAGGGGGUGGGGGUGGUGGUGGGAGUGGUGGCGGGGGUGGAGGUGUCGGUGGCAGCAGUGGAGGCGGAGGAGGCAGCGGCGGUGGCGGAGGGAGCAGAGGCGGUGGAGGUGGCGGAGGCGACGGAGGUGGCGGAGGCGGCGGCGGCGGCGGCGGCGGUGGAGCUGGUCGCGGCUUUGCGCAGAGGAGUGGUUCCGGUGGUGGUCCGCGCCAGCAGCAGCAGCGCAGUCGUGAGACCCCGUCCCCCUAGCAGCUUCGUGAGUGGUACGCUGGGCGUCAGCGAGUGCGGGGGCCCGCACUCCACCCAGCGCUACUUCGGCCGCCUGACGGACGCGUGGCGUCACCAGUUCCCUGACGCCACUGAGAUCCCUCGCUGGGGAGAGCUGUCUAGGGCAGGGGUUGCUAUCUUUGAUCUUGAUUAUGAUGCUUUUCUUGCAGCCAUGUAUGCUGUGUCUACUAAUGAUGAGGGUGACUGUUACCUGUGUGUUCCGCCUGACCCGGGCAUUGAGGCUGCUGCUCUAGGUGCUGGUGAGGCUGCUGCUCUAGGUGCUAGUGCGUCUGCUGCCCCAGGUGUUGGUGAGUCUGCUCUCUCAAGUACCACGUCGGCUCAGGCCUUACACACCUUCACCCUUGACUCGGGUGCUUCCCGCUCCUUCUUUCGAGACUGCACCACGCUUACGCCGCUUAGUCGGCCGGUUGCGGUCUCCCUGGCGGACCCCUCUGGGGGUCCUGUCCUUGCUCGCUUCUCCACUGUCUUACCGUGUCCGGCAGCCCCCUCUGGCACCCUGUUAGGUCUCUACCUCCCCUUGUUCUCUACGAACUUGGUGAGUGGUGCUGAUCUACAGGAUGGGGGGGUUGACCAGUUCACUCCUGCGAGUCAGCGGGUGACCCACUGCACUUGUGCUCGGACGGACCGACACUUGGCCACGUUUACCCGUCGGCCAGGGUCGAGCCUGUACACACUGACUACUGAGUCUCCUCCGGUUGCUGAGUCUGGUCAGGUAGCUGCGUCGAGUCAGGUGUUUGCUGCAGCGUCCAGGUCUGGUCCUGAGUUUGCUCCCUGCUCGUGUGGUCUCCUGUCCCACCACACUCUCCUUUGGCACCACCGCCUUGGUCACCCCUCCCUGCCUCGUCUCCGAGGCAUGGCCUCCCGUGUCCUUGUCUCUGGUCUCCCUCGGUCCCUCCCUCUCCUCCCUCUGGUGCCUGCCCCUACCUGCGUUCCCUGCAUCGAGGGGCGGCAGCGCGCCGCCCCUCACUCCUCCGAGUUUCCUCCGACAGAGGCUCCGCUGCAGACUCUUCACAUGGACGUGUGGGGCCCGGCCCGCGUCCGUGGCCAGGGUCACGAGCGUUACUUCAUGUUGGUGGUUGACGACUAUUCACGUCACACCAUGGUGUUCCCCUUGCGCAGCAAGGGUGACGUCACUGGGGUGUUGAUCGACUGGAUCCGCGCAGCUCGUCUCGAGCUCAGAGAGAGUUUGGGCUCGGACUUUCCUGUUCUGCGUCUGCACUUUGACAGAGGUGGGGAGUUUUCCUCUGCCCGUCUGGGAGCCUUCUGUCGUGCACAGGGCAUCCGCCAGACCUUCACGCUUCCGGCCUCUCCACAGCAAAAUGGGAUUGCUGAGCGCCGCAUUGGCAUUGUCAUGGACGUCGCUCGUACGUCCAUGAUCCAUGCGGCUGCCCCCCAUUUUCUGUGGCCGUUUGCAGUUCAGUACGCAGCGCAUCAGCUCAACCUUCAGCCCCGGGUCUCCUUGCCAGAGACCUCCCCCACCUUGCGGUGGACGGGGAAGGUUGGCGAUGCGUCUGCGUUUCGGGUCUGGGGAUCUCGGGCGUUUGUCCGCGACUUGUCUGCGGACAAGCUGUCCCCCCGUGCUGUUCCCUGCGUCUUCCUUGGCUUCCCCCCUGACGCGCCUGGGUGGCAGUUUUACCACCCCACCUCGCGCCGUGUUCUGUCCUCCCAGGACGUCCCCUUUGACGAGUCGGUGCCUUACUACCGUCUCUUCCCCUACCGCACUGCGCCUCUCCCCCCGCCGCCGCUCUUCCUUGCGCCAGGUCCUCCCCAGGUAGACCCCCUCCCCCCUCAUAGUCCUGCCCCGUCAGGUGUCUCCCAGGUAGACGCAAUCGAGCCUCUCGAGGUAGCUGUUGAUUCUGGUGCUGCUAGAGGUGCUGUGCCUGCGGGUGCCGGGUCUGGAGGUGCUGAGCCUGAGGGUGCGGAGCCUGGGGGUGCUGAGUCCAGGGCCUGGGGGUGCUGGGUCUGCUCGUGUGGCCUCUCGCGGUGCUUCGUCGAGGCGGGAGCCACUCUCUCCGCAGGAGCUGCGCGAGUGGUUUGCCCGGCGCUGGAGCCGUGCUGCUGA